AUGUUGCAUCUUCUGCUUGGUCCAGCACGGUUUUUGGCGUCUCGGAGUGCUUUCUUGAGCCCUGCAAGAAAUUCCCUUCGGCUUGCGCUUUCGGGGGCUUUUUCUUCUGGCUCCAGAGCAUUUCUCCACGACCAGCUGGGCUCUUCCCCACAGAAAAGCCCAAAAACCGUUUCUGCCACCGUUCCGCCCGUUUCUUCGCCUGUUUCUACUCCUACUAAGCCUGUUUUCUCUGCUGAAGAGCUUGAGGCCGCCCGUCUUGCGCGUUUGGCUGGGCUUGGCUGGCUUUCCAAGCUCCCAGAAAAAUGGAUUCCAUACUUUGAGCUCAUGCGCUUGGAAAAGCCUGUGGGCACAUUGUUAUUGCUUAUUCCGUCGUUCUGGGGAAUAACCAUGGCGUCAUAUGGCAUCACUGCUUCUUUCCCUGUUUUCGCCUCUGCCAUUGGCUUGUUCUCUAUCGGAGCUCUAGUCAUGAGAGGUGCAGGGUGCACCAUCAACGACAUUUGGGACAGAAACUUGGACAACCAGGUUGCACGGACGAUGGAAAGGCCCAUCACAAGUGGGAGAGUUAGUGUGCCUCAGGCUGUCACGUGGAUGGUGGCCCAGUGUCUUGUUGGAUUGGCUAUCUUAUUGUCCUUGCCGUUUGAGUGUUUCUACUUGGGUGCCUUGUCCUUGCCGUUUGUCGCCGCAUAUCCUUUGUUCAAGCGGUUCACCCACUACCCACAGGUUGUUCUUCUGAUUUGUUUCAGUUGGGGCUGUUUGCUAGGUUUUCCUGCGGUGGGCGCUGCCCUCAACUUGUGGGUGGCUGGUCCCUUGUUUCUCUCCAACUUCUUGUGGUGCAUGAUUUACGAUACGAUUUACGCCCACCAGGACAAAAAUUAUGACAUCAAAGCGGGUAUCAAGUCCACUGCUUUGGCCUGGGGUGAUAAGACUAAGCCUAUUAUGUAUGCGAUGGGAUCCUUACAAGUGGCUUCGUUCUUGACUGCUGGAGUUAUGAACUCCAUGGGCCCUUUCUUCUACUUGACAGCAUGCUGGGGCUUUUCCCGUCUCUUCCAGCAAAUUAAAAAGGUCAACUUAGACGACCCUAAAAGCUGCUGGGCCGCUUUCACCGGAAACAUCCGGACUGGUGAGAUCUUAUGGCUUGGAAUGCUCAUUGACUACUUAUUGAAGCUCUUUGGUUUCUUGUAA